AUGGAUACCUCCGAAGCGGGAACGUCUUCCGCUUCCACUUCGUUCGGUCCUAUCAUAGUUCUUUCUUCGGACGGAAAAGAGUUUCCGAUGGAUUUGCAAAUGAUUUCUCAGUCGGAUACACUUCAAAAACUGGUCACCUCGUUCGAAUACGAUCAGCCGACAACGAAGAGAGAGCCGAUUCCGGCGAACAACGUGAACUCUGAAAUGAUGGCGAAGGUCUGCGAAUGGAUGAAUCACUACAAGAAUGUGCCGCCGUAUGUCGAGAGUGUCGACAAGAAUCACAUCCCAAAUCUCUUGCUGGGCACGUUCCAAAGGAACUUUUUCGCGGUACGAAAUCGAUGGUGUUCGGGCCGCAUAUUUUAUUUCGUUUCAGAUACCAAACAGUGAGCUGUUCGAACUGAUAAACGCCGCCAACUACCUGAACAUGCCCCGUCUUCUCGAUUGUUCCUGCAAGAAGGUGGCCACAAUGAUAAGUGGAAAGACCGCCGAGCAACUGCGAGCAACGUUCAAUAUCAAAAGUGACGAGCAGAAGAAAGCAGAGGAGAAAGAAUCGGAUCCGUCCGAGUUGGAGUCGGCGUCCUCGUCCGAUCCUCCUUCUCCAAUAUCCGAUUUGAGUGAUUGA